AUGGAGGUGCAGGUAGAGCAAAACAAGAGUGAGUGCAAGAAAAACUACGGAGAAAGAGGGAGACCCAAUGCAAACCCAAGAAGAGUGUUCUGGGAUUUGAGGCCAAUGCAAAUGCCGAUGCCGAGGCAAUCCUUGAACAACAAAAACCACCACCGCCACCUUCUCCACCACUGUCUCCUCCUAUUGCUUACACUUGUAACAAGUGUUGUUUCAUCAGCAAAUAAUGAAGUUCUUGUCCUUCUCUCAUGGCUUCACAGUUCUCCUUCACCACAUUCUUCAUUUUCAAACUGGAACCCAUCAGACCCCAACCCUUGUAAAUGGUCCUACCUUACAUGUUCCCCUGAAAACUUUGUCAUCCAAAUCAAUAUUCAGUCCAUUGAGCUUGCUCUUCCAUUCCCAUCCAACCUUUCAUCUCUUAACUACCUUCAAAGCCUCACUAUUUCUGGAGCCAAUCUCACUGGAACCAUUCCAUUAGACAUCGGAGACAGCACCUCACUUACAGCCAUUGAUGUCAGUUCAAACAGUCUUAUGGGCAGUAUUCCAACAAGCAUUGGAAAGCUUCAAAACCUCCAGGACUUGACAUUGAACUCGAACCAGUUUACUGGGAAAAUCCCAGCAGAGCUUGGUAAUUGCAUUAGCCUUAUAUAUCUCAUUCUAUUCGAUAAUCAGUUCAGUGGGGAUCUUCCAGCUGAACUAGGCAAACUUUCGAAUUUGGAGGUUAUACGAGCUGGAGGGAACAAAAAUAUUUCUGGGAAGAUUCCAGAUGAGCUUGGAAACUGCCAGAAUUUGAAGGUAGUAGGUCUUGCUGAUACUAAAAAUUUCUGGUGCUAUUCCUGCGUCAUUGGGUAA